AGCAGUGGAAGAGGAAUUGGAAAUUACUUCAUUCAAUGGAUUUUAGAUCACAUCAUCUUCAACCUUGUAAUGUUCUUGGACAACAUGGUGGUCAAUUAUUGCUAGAGACUAACAGUACUUGUUUAAGAAUAGGAGAAGAUUCAGAACAGCAACCUAGUAGACUGGUGUAUGGAGCCAUCAUUAUUGGUACACAGGUUGUUUUUAUUGCUCUAGAAAUAUCUGAACAGCACUUGACUGAAAUUGAAAAGGUGAAAACAUAUAAAGGAAGAAUAGAGAAUGAAAAUAGUAUUGGCAAUUCGACUAUUUCAUACACAAGACCUUAUGACUAUUUGAAAGCUUCUGAAAGAUCCUUGAUAUAUGAAUCCCUAUUGAGGUUUGCUUGUUACCAGAAAGGACUGACAUGAAAGAUGUCUUGAUCUAAUAAAUGGCGUACUAACAACAACAGUUAUCAUAAACAUCUUAUUUAACUAAAAGACCUAGGAUGAUGUAAGCUACCUUAGAGAAGCUUGGUAGAUACCUGUAAUCAAGUUAUAAAAUACAAAGUGUUCAGGUUCAUGCAGUUAUGUCCAAGUACAUUCAGCAGAGUGAUGGAAA